GAAGAAGGAGAGAGAGAGAGAGAGAGAGAGAGAGAGGCCACCUUCACCCCACCCAUGAGUUAAUGAUCCAUCACUCGGAGUAGUCAGCAUCACAGCCCCACAAAACGAAUACCAAUAAAUAACUUAUCUUUCUGUCUCAGCUCAACCGCGUCUGUGAACUCUCAAGUUCUAACUAACUAAGAAUGCAAAAGGGCAAUGACGAAUCUUCGAAUCUGAGUCUGAGGAAGCCACCGUUGAAGAGGACCAAAACACUUCCUAAUUCAAAACCCUUCAAUCUCAGAGUAUCCGUUGACAACGCCUCUGCUUCACCUCCAACCAAUGCCCAUCAUUUCUCUGACUCAGAUGAACAAUGGAACUACCCUUCUUUCCUUGGCACCACCACCCGCAAAAGAAGACCAUCCGUCAAACCUUCCAACACCCACAACCUUAACCUUCCCAAGCCCACGCUUGUUCCACCACCACCACCACCACCACCUCCUCCUCCUUCUUCCACUCUCUCUUUGCUACCCCCUUCCCUCCUCCCCAGACCACAACACCAUAAGCGCUCUCCGAUCUUGUAUCUGCUAAUUAUCACUUGUAUUAUUUUUGUACCUCAUUCCGCUUUUCUACAAUAUAGGCUUGCAAAACUGGAGGAUGAGAAACUUCACCUGUGCUGUGAAAUUGAUUUUUGUCCCAGCAAUGGAAGGGCAUAUUUUGAAAAAGAGGGCUCAUUUUCCGAUAUCCUGAAUGCUGACAGUAGAUCAGUUGCUUUGUAUAUUGUGGUGGUCACACUAAUUUUGCCUUUUGUGUUGUACAAAUAUCUUGACUACCUUCCUCAAAUAAUUAAUUUCUUGAGGAGAACAAACAAUAACAAGGAGGAUGUACCAUUAAAGAAGAGAAUUGCUUAUAUGGUAGAUGUGUUUUUCUCCAUAUAUCCUUAUGCAAAGCUGCUUGCCCUUCUCUUUGCAACUCUAUUUCUUAUAGGAUUUGGUGGUUUAGCAUUGUAUGCGGUGACUGGUGGUAGCUUUGCUGAAGCACUUUGGCAUUCUUGGACUUAUGUAGCUGACUCGGGAAAUCAUGCUGAAACAGAAGGAACUGGGCAGAGGAUUGUUUCUGUCUCAAUUAGUUCAGGUGGUAUGCUGAUAUUUGCUAUGAUGCUUGGGCUUGUUUCAGAUGCUAUAUCAGAGAAGGUAGAUUCACUCAGAAAAGGGAAGAGUGAAGUGAUUGAAAAAAACCACAUACUCAUUCUUGGGUGGAGUGACAAAUUGGGUUCACUUUUGAAGCAGCUAGCAAUAGCAAAUAAGAGUGUUGGUGGUGGUGUUAUUGUGGUGCUUGCAGAAAAAGAAAAGGAGGAAAUGGAAAUGGAUAUAGGAAAGCUAGAAUUUGAUUUCAUGGGGACGUCUGUAAUUUGUAGAAGUGGCAGUCCUCUUAUACUGGCUGACCUCAAAAAGGUUUCAGUUUCUAAGGCACGUGCAAUCAUUGUAUUAGCUUCAGAUGAAAAUGCAGAUCAGAGUGAUGCACGUGCUUUGAGAGUUGUUCUCAGCCUUACAGGUGUAAGGGAAGGCUUAAGGGGUCAUGUUGUUGUAGAGAUGAGUGACCUUGACAACGAACCUCUAGUGAAACUUGUUGGCGGAGAACUCAUUGAAACAGUUGUCGCACAUGAUGUAAUUGGACGUUUGAUGAUUCAGUGUGCUCUGCAGCCUGGCCUUGCCCAGAUAUGGGAGGAUAUUUUGGGAUUUGAGAACGCUGAGUUUUACAUCAAAAGAUGGCCGGAACUGGAUGGUCUCUUUUUCAAAGACGUAUUAAUUUCAUUUCCUGAUGCAAUACCUUGUGGAGUUAAGGUUGCUGCAGAUGGGGGGAAGAUUAUCAUCAAUCCAGACGACAGUUAUGUUCUCAGAGAUGGGGAUGAAGUCCUCGUCAUAGCUGAGGAUGAUGACACUUAUGCUCCAGGACCUCUUCCAGAGGUAAGGAAGGGCCUUUGCCCAAAGAUACGUGAUCCUCCUAAAUAUCCAGAGAAGAUAUUAUUUUGUGGCUGGCGCCGUGAUAUUGAUGAUAUGAUCAUGGUUUUAGAAGCACUCUUGGCUUCCGGUUCAGAACUUUGGAUGUUCAAUGAGGUUCCUGAAAAGGAAAGGGAGAAGAAGCUUGUUGAUGGUGGACUUGAUGUUUCUGAGUUAGAGAACAUAAAGCUAGUCCACAGGGAGGGCAAUGCUGUAAUUAGGCGGCACCUAGAGAGUCUUCCAUUGGAGACUUUUGAUUCUAUCCUUAUUCUUGCAGAUGAGUCAGUGGAGGACUCUGUUGCUCAUUCUGACUCAAGAUCUCUAGCCACUCUUCUGCUGAUUCGUGAUAUACAGUCAAGACGUCUACCAUACAAAGACACAAAGUCAACUUCUCUGAGGUUAUCUGGGUUCUCUCACAACUCUUGGAUACGUGAAAUGCAGCAAGCUUCUGAUAAAUCAAUUAUAAUUAGUGAAAUUUUGGAUUCUAGGACUAGAAAUCUAGUGUCUGUGUCUAGAAUCAGUGAUUAUGUGUUAUCCAACGAGCUGGUUAGCAUGGCACUAGCAAUGGUGGCUGAAGACAAGCAAAUCAACCGUGUUCUCGAGGAAUUAUUUGCAGAGGAGGGAAACGAGAUGUGUAUUAAACCAGCAGAGUUCUAUUUAUUUGACCAGGAAGAAGUGUGUUUUUAUGAUAUAAUGAUAAGGGGUCGUGCAAGAAAGGAAAUUGUUAUUGGCUAUCGCCUUGCUAACCAAGAACGUGCUAUUAUCAACCCUUCAGAAAAAUCUGUGCCAAGAAAAUGGUCCCUUGGUGAUGUUUUUGUUGUUAUAGCCAAAGGCGAUUGACAAUCAUGAUUUGGAUACACUGGACCCCUACCAUGGCCCUCCGUUUCCCCAAGGUACUAACUAAAUCACAUUUUCGAUACUCCUACAAAUUCAAGUAACAGAGGUUUUCCCUUUCAAAGAUUCUUCAAGAUAUUGGUUAAUCUCUUUGUUAAUGUCCAAUAUGGCAAUAUUAUAUUUAUAACGUUACUGCAACUUGUAAAAUAAUCUUCCAUAUAUCGACACACGUUAGGUGACUGGGGAAGAGUUCAAGUGGUGUGGGGUAACCCUAACAUUUGUACAACUCAUUGUUCUAUGAGAAAGAUUUUGCUGUAAUUGGAAGAGGUUUACGUAUAAUGGGAGAGAAAUCUAUCAACACAUCGAUACACAAAUUAAAAAUUUGAAUAUAGUUAACUUUUAUAC